AAUUAUUCAGUUUGUGGGGAAGCAUAUCAAGUGGAUGUGGUUUCUUUUAACAGAAAUAGAUGGUUAGUUUGCUCAAUCGCAUUCACAAACAAACAUUUAUUUAAAGUGUUUGUUGAAAUAUUCAAACAUGUGAAAUACAGAGGUUAUCUUGAAGAUAAGAAGUGCUUUAUCAAGUUGUAAAUGCCAUGGAGGGGUUGCAAUCCAUGCACGGUGAAUCGAAAACAAAAUGAAGAGCUAUGUCCGUUUAGCAGGGGUAGUUGGAGUCGUCCUUAUUGUCUCAAUGUACACCAUCCUUUUUAGGAACAGACAUGUGAAACCACAUACGUCUUUUCCUAAAGGAGAUGCAGAUGUCGUAAGGAGACUGGAUAGUAUUGAACAGACGCUCCGCAGGCUCGAAAAGCUGAUGGAAGGAUCAAAUGUUGACAACGGCACCUUGAACAAACUUUCUCCUGACAUGGCCCAGUGGAAAUCAAAGGUCGUGGUGCCUAAGUUAUAUCCAAACUCCUUCCUGUUUGCCAAGUGGGGAGAUGGCCUGUCAGAGAAGGAGCAGAAAGAGGCGGAAUCCCUGUAUCAGAUUUACGGCUACAACGUGUUCCUCAGUAACCGGUUACCACUUGACCGGAAGCUUCCAGACAUGAGAGACAGCAGAUGUCUGUCAGUGGCCUAUCCCCAAGAUCUGCCCAGCAUCAGCGUGGUGCUCAUCUACUUAAAUGAAGCGCUUUCAGUCAUUAAAAGGGCAAUCAAGAGUGUCAUGUCAUACACUCCAAAGCACCUACUCAAGGAAAUCAUUCUUGUGGAUGAUCACAGCACUUAUAAUGACCUUGGAAGGCCGUUACAAGGCUACAUCGAUGAAAUCCACAAAGACAAGCCUGGGCUGAUAAAGAAAGUAUGGCAUCAUCGCCAAAUGGGCCUGUCACAGUCUCGGAUCUCAGGUUGGGAACAUGCGACGGCAGAUGUCGUGGCCAUUUUGGACGCUCAUAUUGAAGUCGCAGAAGGCUGGGCAGAACCUCUGCUCGCUCGGAUCAAAGCGGACAGGACGGUGGUGGUGUCUCCUGUGUUCGACAAGAUCAAUUUUGAUGACCUCGGUGUGGAAAAGUACCUCCCCGCUGCGCAAGGCUUCGACUGGCCUCUGUGGUGCAUGUACGAGUCCUUCAGUGCAGAGUGGUGGAGGGGCAACGAUAACUCCCGACCUGGGAAGAGUCCUUCCGUGAUGGGAAUAUUCGCAGCACACCGAGAAUUUUUGGGAGAAAUUGGAGGGCUCGAUGGCGGAAUGACCGUUUACGGAGGUGAAAAUGUCGAGCUUGGGAUUCGUAUUUGGCUAUGUGGAGGAAGCAUCGAGGUGGUGCCGUGCUCCAGGAUAGCUCACAUUGAACGGUCGCAUAAACCGUACGCACUUGACCUCAAUCCUAUGAUGAGGAGGAAUGCUCUGAGGGUGGCAGAAAUCUGGAUGGAUGAAUAUAAGAAGAAUGUGAUGAUCGCAUGGAACCUUCCGCUUCAGGAUCACGGAAUUGAUAUUGGUGACGUCGCAGAGAGGAAGAAGCUCAGGGAAAGGUUACGGUGUAAACCAUUCAAGUGGUACCUUGAAAACGUGUAUCCAAGUCUGGCUACGUGGGAUGACCUGCUGGGUUACGGAGUGAUGAGGAACAGCUUACUGAGGAACCUCUGCGUGGACCAAGGACCCGUACCAGGAACCAUCCCCAUACUUUACAAAUGCCACUUCCAACAACCGCAGCACUGCUAUUACAACCAAGAGGGGGAAAUCAUUGUUGGUGGCAUUAAAUCUCACAAAUACAACCAAAACCGAUGCUUGGUUGAUCCGGGCUCGAGCAAUACCCCGACCCUGCUGGACUGUCACCUGGCAAAGCGAAACCAGAAACACAUGCACUGGGACUUCAAACAGGGCAAAGAAAUUCAAAACAAAGCAACUAAGAGAUGCUUUGAGAUCAGUAGGAGUGAAAACUCAGACUACCAGUAUGUCCUCAUCAUUCAGCAGUGCACAGGACAGAGCUGGACCAUUGAGCACCUUAUUACGACUCUUUAGAUCGGUGGCACUGUUAAUCCAAAGAUUAGAUCUUGGAAUGUAUCGACUUUUUUUCAAUGAAUAAAGUUAUGUAUUUCCAUAAAUGUUUCUGUUUGUCAUAUGGAUCGUAUCUUGCCAGGGAAUAAUGCUGAGUUUGUAAUCGUCUGGCAUCUGUGACUGUGUCAAGGAUUGUAGCUAACCAUUAUCCGAACCGUUUAUCCUCACGUGGGUUGCGGGCAUGCUGAAGCCUAUGUCGUGUGACUUUGG